AUGCACCGUCUUCCUGCGUUAGUUCUUCUGCUCAACUGCGUGUCAUGGAGUUUCCAAACGUGUGAUCCCAACAGUACUCUUUCAACCAAGGCCGUAGAUCUACAUAAUGAUGUUCGGAAAGCGGUUGCUACGGGCACAUAUGGGCCAAAAUCACAGACUAUGUUCCGUGUGUCCUAUGAUUGCACAAAUGACGGGCUUGCUCUUGCAGUUAUUGGAGACGAUUGUAGACGCAAUAAAGCUGUAGAUUUGACCCCUCUUGGGAAGGCCACUAGUUUUAUAAAGGAGCGCACAUCUUCAACAACUAUGAAUGAUAAUACUGCAGCGACUUACUAUCAAUAUGCAGUAGAAGAUUGGAUCGAUGCAGUGGAUACUCUCAGUGAUGCCACAUACAAUGAUGAAAUUCCUGAAGAGUUUGCAAAUUCCUAUGAUUGCACAAAUGACGGGCUUGCUCUUGCAAUUAUUGGAGACGAUUGUAGACGCAAUAAAGCUGUGGAUUUGACCCCUCUUGGGAAGGCCACUAGUUUUAUAAAGGAGCGCACAUCUUCAACAACUAUGAAUGAUAAUACUGCAGCGACUUACUAUCAAUAUGCAGUAGAAGAUUGGAUUGAUGCAGUGGAUACUCUCACUGAUGCCACAUACAAUGACGAAAUUCCUGAAGAGUUUGCAAAUGUGAGAUAG